AGCUGCCGAAUCAGCGCUCCGAGCUGCCGAAUCUGCCCUCGGAGCUGCCGAAUCAGCGCUCCGAGCUGCCGAAUCUGCCCUCGGAGCUGCCGAAUCUGCCCUCGGAGCUGCCGAAUCAGCGCUCGGAGCUGCCGAAUCUGCCCUCGGAGCUGCCGAAUCAGCGCUCGGAGCUGCCGAAUCUGCCCUCGGAACUGCCGAAUCUGCCCUCGGAGAUGCCGAAUCUGCCCUCGGAGCUGCCGAAUCUGCCCUCGGAACUGCCGAAUCUGCCCUCGGAGCUGCAGAAUAUGCCCUCGGAACUGCCGAAUCUGCCCUCGGAGAUGCCGAAUCUGCCCUCGGAGAUGCCGAAUCUGCCCUCGGAGCUGCCGAAUCUGCCCUCGGAACUGCCGAAUCUGCCCUCGGAGAUGCCGAAUCUGCCCUCGGAGCUGCCGAAUCAGCGCUCGGAGCUGCCGAAUCUGCCCUCGGAGCUGCCGAAUCUGCCCUCGGAGCUGCCGAAUCUGCCCUCGGAGCUGCCGAAUAUGCCCUCGGAACUGCCGAAUCUGCCCUCGGAGCUGCCGAAUCUGCCCUCGGAACUUCCAGAUCACCCCCAGGACACCCAAUUCAGCCCUCGGAAGUCCCAAAUGAGCCCUCACAACGCCGAAAUCAGCCCUCAGAAUUCAGCCCUCAAAAGGAUGAAUUCAGCCUUCAGAACUCCUAAAUCACAAACUCAUCCCUCAGAACUCCCAAAUCACAUCUUAGCCCUCAGAACUCCCAAAUCAGCCCUUAGAACUCGGCCCUCAAAACUCUGAAAUCAGCCCUCAGAACUCCUAAAUCAGCCCCCCAGAAGUCCGAACCAGAACGCAGCCCCCAGUAUUCAGGACUCAAAACGCGACUUUCAGAACUCAGUCCGUAGAAUUGAGAGCUCAGCCCUCAGAAUUCGGCCCUCAGAACUCAGCCCUUGGUCUCUUGAAAUUCAAUUUAUAUUCACAGGAUCAGCUUCUUCAUGAUCUAAAUAUUAAGUGGGCAAAACUGAGACCGGGAAAAUAAACUUACUUAGUUGAAUAUCAUCAAAACAAAACAAAACAAAAAGUGUUACGUCUUCAUGAUCACAUUUUAUAGGAAAAAAACACUCAAUGUGCGACAGCUGCACAAACAAUAGAUGCUAUUCUUUUGAUGUCCCUCACCUUCAGUGAGUCAUAUAUUCUAACAUGAAAGAAGGAAUUAUUUCUUCUGCAUGAUUUUACACUAGAAAUUCUUUUUGCUCUUCUUUUUCGGGUAUCAGUAGGAUUUUAAUGAAACAAUUCAUUGUCCUAGCAGCACCGGUCAAAUAAGAGCUGGAAAGGAACAAGGGAAUGGUUUUAUGACUGCACUAUUGCUAGCUGUUGAAGCGAUUUUUGUCCUUUAUAAUUUCUGUAAUUGUAAAGUUCCCUGUAGAGAAGAAAAUACAAUAGCAAAAGUGUAUUUAAAUGCUAAUAAAAUUAUAUUUUUAUGUUUGUCCUUGGGUUUGUGGCCCAUGGAAAUCUAAAAAUGCAGAGCCAAGAGAAGGUCUAUAAUUCUUUAUGUCUUUCAGGUUUUGCCAAAAGCCUGGAUAGUUUUGCUUCUGGCACUUGCAUAGAUCCAAGCUGGUAACUCAAGGGCUUAGGCAGUGGCAAAGAUGGAGUGGAGGAGCUAUAGGAGUUAGUUAUAAGAAUUGAUUAUCACCCCUGGUCAGGCUAGAGGCUCCUCAAGUGCGGAAAUGGCUGACAUUUUACUUUCCUAAUGGAUACCCUAACAAUUAUUAAAAAACAAAACCAAAAACAUAGUAAAAGAAAAAUAUCUGUUGCUGAGACUGAAGAAAAAAAAUAAACAAAAACCAACCAACCAACCAAAACCCACAGUACCAAAAGAAAACAUAAAACCAUUAAAAAUUGUAGUAUUUCAGUGUUUUACCCACAGCAGACUUUGCAUCCUCCAUCAAAUAACUGACAGCUGCAGAAACCGUGGCACCAGUAAAUUAUCAUGGAAUUUUUCUGGCUCAGCCUAGACAUAAAGGUUUUUUUCCAGUUUAAUAAUGGAGCCUAAUUUUUCUUCCAUUAUCACUGGCCGUGCAGCCCAAAUGGCCAAAUAGAUCAGAGGCACUCACCAGGCUGAAAACUGCUCAGAUUGCUCUGUGUGUCCUGUGUUUAAUCUGUGAGAGGUGAUGAAGCUUUUAGCAUCCUUCAUUUAUUUUUAAGUCUUGAAAAUCUAAUGAAAUUAUACACUGGGGAUCUUCACCACCGGGUGCUGAGUGUCUCUGGAAAUUCAACUAAUGUGCUAAGGUUUUGGGGAACGGUCUGCUCUUCACAAGAUGAGCUUUUUACUGCUCUAAGUGGACAAUAGUACGUAAGACUGAGGGGAGGAGGCAGGAAUUGGUAGGAAGAAAGAAGCCGAGGUCCAGAAAAUUUGUGUUGUUAUUAUUCUGUUCUGUAUUGGGUCAGUUCUUUGGUGUAGCAAAGAUGCAAUAAGGUCAGGGCUUCACAGGAAUAACCAGUCAGUGACCUUGGCUUGAAAAUCUGAUUGUGUAAAAUUAACCAGAACACAAGGACUGACCGUAAUAAAGAGCACGGAAGGAGCAGGGUAGGAAAAUUUAAAACAGUAGCUGUACGAUCCUGCAGUGACCCCAGUGAAUCAUACAAACAUACAGACAAUUCAGCAGUUCUUUGAACAGUGGGGGAUUUACAUGUGAACUAAUAACAAAUUGCAUCUUCAGGCUUCCCAAGAGUGAAUCUCAGAUCAGAUGUGAGAGAUGACAGGGAGGGAGCAGGGCCAGAACUUCAGGGAAAUGCCUAUGUGAAUAAACUAAGUAUUGCACGGGAGCUUGUUGGACAUUUUAGCUGGGAUCUCUGGCAAAGUACAGCUUAGAGCUGCCUCCUGACACAAUGAAACAACAGCUGAAAAAAUCCCUGCCUUGUUACAGCCAUGUAGACCUAGGAUAAACCAACAAAACCCCUCUCAAACCUCACAGGGUGGUAAAUUACCAUUGGUAGUUCCGCUGUCAAAUGAAGUGCAGGGAAUCUCCAAGAAUCAAUGGACUUCAUCUGGUGCUUACAAAGCAACUAGAGUCUGCAAUCAGCUUUCAUCCUUCUGGACCAUCUCCCAUGUGGAUGCUUUUGCCAGCAUCGGUUGCCUGAGGUUAUCAAAAUCAUGUCCGAUCUUCCCUGCUCUGCAUCAAGGUGGCUUCAGGCUUGUCUUUGGUUAUUAGCAAAUCUUUUUUUCUCAGAUUCUUAGCUCCAAAACAGUUCUGAAAUAUUUAUGUAUGUUUGGAGAGCUUGGAAUCCCACUUGGAGGGCAAUGUUGAUAGACUGCUUUUUUCCUCAGAUCAAAGAUUCCAUGUUGACACAAACCAGCGUAGCCAAGUUUUAUUCUUUCACAGCUUUGCUUAGCUCCAGGUUGGUUUUCAAUUCAUAUCAUCCUCUCACAUAAAUCAAAUAGAAGAUACUACAAAUGGAAACAUUACCUUACCUAGGAAAGUAUGAAAAAUAAAGUUAAUUUACUUUGGAGAGCAUGGAUGGCAUAGAAAGGCACAAUACUUGCCUCAGGAUUGUUUGUAAUUUCACACAAUUCCAGUGGUUUCACUGUGUGUGAUUCCCAGCGUCAUGAUGUGGUUCAUGGCCUAAGGGAUGUGCAAAAUACCCCACUGAAAGGGGCUGCAGGAAUAUUUCAUGAUCCCAUGGAAAGUGCCAAGACCCUGCUUGCUCUGUGUGGAAGCUCAGGAGAUCUUCCUUUAUUUGAGGAACAUAGAGAAUAAUGAGGCAUCCCUGGAGAAAACUGCUAUUGAGUCUUUCCUGACCUGAAAAACCUCCACAUGUGUAUGACCCAGAUUGAACUUUUCAGCUGCACACACUGUGCUUAGGUCAUUAGCUGAGAUUGUUAACGAGGCAGGCAGUCGGUCACAGCUGCAGCAGUGGGGUUUUUUGGCUAUCUCGAGCCAGAGCACAUUCAUCAGAGCGUGCAACAACAAAUGACUGAAGUGCUGAGCUGGAUUCGGAGAGGUAGUGCACAGAUAAAAGCCUCUAGAAGCCCUUUGCAAUUCCCUUAGUCAUCCAUUCCCACUGAAAGCUUCUCUUUGGGAGUUUCCAGGAGCCUGGACGACCUUUGGUCGUCCUUCUGGUCAAAGCUCUUAUCUGUGUAGUGCAGACCCGGCCUCUUUCUGCUUGCACUCUUCCAAAGUGGUUUUUAUGGGAUAAACAAGCUGUAUUUGCUGAUGCACGCUUCCUUAUCAAAUGGACAGCACGCUUCUCCUGAAUGGUGGGUCACACGCGCUGCUGGGCCAGCUCCAGGAAUUCCAGGGCGGCUGCCUCAUGGCUCGUCAAGCACUCUCUCGCAGCCAUGGGCUGCAAAAAAAUCACAGCCACCCUGUGAUGGGGCCUUAUCUUAGAGCCCACCAGGAGUUUCCCUGUGUUGCAAAGCACCUUUAGGUUGAUAAUUGCAGGUCUUGGAUCUUUUUUAUGAGAUAGCAAUGUGAUAGGCCCUGGUUUAGGGAGCUGUCACAAUGCCAGACAGAAGACUACUUAUUGAAGGAGAAUUUCCCUUUUAGUGGGUUUCUUUAAAAUAUAAGUAAAUAAGUAAAGCAUUUUUGUACCUCAAGACCAGCUCACAGCUGAGACAAGAUGCAAGAUUCAUCUGAGGAGAGAUGAAAACCAGCCCUAUGAAUUUUUACCAACCCAAGAAGUUACUUUCCCGAAGAGGAAACAUCUCAGGAAUCACAUGAAACGCAGCUGGAGAGAAUCCUUACUGAAAGGAACAUAAUCAAGGUGAAGUAAAGUGUUGCUUACAUUAAUUCCAAGAGAAAUCUGCUCUCUCUCCUCCUGGACUUGGAGAACAAGCACUGGGAAUGCUGGCACAGAAAAGUCCAGCGACAGAUUUUUAUCAUUAUUUGGGGAGAGCAAGAUGCAGUAUUGCUGAAAUGGAGGCUCUUCUGUCACUUUCCAGUUCAACUUAAGC